AUGGGUUACAUCCCCGGCGCGUCGUUAAACAAGAUAUGGGAUGAUCUGAGCCAAGAAACGCGUCAACUUGUGACUUCAAAGACCGCCGAUCUGAUGUACCGGGUGCCAUCGGAAAUGCUCAUCGAUAUGCCACCCGAUCCUGUCGACGCUGAAGAUGAAAAGUCAUGGCAAGGCUCCGAUAAUUGCGACAAGGCUUUCAGCGGCAUGGUUCUCACUCUGUUGUCGGACCAUGGUGAUCGGGUGACGGGUCAGCUGAAGUGGGCAUUACCUUUGGGCUGA